GGGGCGGCAGGGAGCGCUGUAGCGCUGCCUGUAGCGCGGCCCCCCCAGCGCCGGGCUCCUCCCCUCGCCGCCGGCUGCCUGCCUGUGCUGGGGAGGCGGAGAGCCGGGGCUGGAGGCACCUCAGUGUGCGGCGAGGCGAGUGCAGCGUGCACAGGGCUCCCGCUGCUGUCGCCGCCCGGGAAGGCCGGCAUCGCGCCCCUGCCAUCCAGUUUCUGCAGCUGGCUGCUCUUGAGCCGCUUGUCCGGGCGAGCUGAGCGGCGGGAGGCGGGUCCGGGGCACGGCGCUGGCUCGGAGUAGGGGCUGCCCCGGGCGUCCCGCACCGGCUGCUGGCGGGAGGGUGUGGAGCCGGAGGAGCUGCGCGCCGGGGGCGGUGAAGAAGCCGGGCACCCGGGUCCCUCGGCUGGGCGUGGAGCUCCUCUCGCCCUAGCCCAGUGGCGCCGAUCCCGCUUCGCAGGGCUCUCCCUCGCCGGUGCCAGGCGGAUGCCGCCGCAGCAGGAGGGGGAGGCGGGCUACAUCAGCAAGCCGCUGGCUGGCGGCUGCGAGGUGCCCCCGGUGCCCCCGCGCAGGGUCCGCAGCAGCCGAGCGGCGGCGCUGGGAGCGGCCCUGGGCAGCCGAUGCCGGGCCGGGGCGGGAGCCGAGCCGCGCCGCAGCAUCAAGUGUGUCCUGGUGGGGGACGGGGCUGUGGGCAAGACCAGCCUGGUGGUGAGUUACACCACGAAUGGGUACCCCACGGAGUACAUCCCCACCGCCUUCGACAACUUCUCGGCUGUUGUGUCUGUUGAUGGCAGACCCGUGAGACUUCAGCUCUGUGACACAGCUGGUCAGGAUGAAUUUGAUAAGCUGAGACCACUGUGCUACACGAACACAGACAUAUUCUUGUUGUGCUUCAGCGUUGUGAGCCCUUCCUCCUUCCAGAACGUGAGUGAAAAGUGGGUUCCUGAAAUCCGAUGCCACUGCCCGAAAGCACCUAUUAUUCUGGUUGGGACACAGUCGGACCUCCGAGAGGAUGUCAAAAUUCUCAUUGAGCUGGAUAAAUGUAAAGAAAAGCCAGUUGCAGAAGAGGCCGCAAAGCUUUGUGCUGAAGAAAUAAAAGCAGCAUCAUACAUUGAGUGCUCAGCUUUGACUCAGAAAAAUCUCAAAGAGGUCUUUGAUGCGGCCAUUGUCGCUGGCAUUCAGUACUCAGAUACCCAGCACCAACCAAAGAAAUCAAAGUGCAGGACUCCAGACAAAAUGAAAAACCUGUCCAAAUCUUGGUGGAAAAAGUACUGUUGUUUUGUAUAGUAUUUGCGAGGACCUCAGAGUUGUUCUAAUGAAUUCAAAUAGAAGCUAUAUUAGCUUGUAUCUCGCUCCGUAUUCUCCAAGCAUAGAUCCAUUAGUGUGUAUAUGUUGUUACUAGAAAUCUCAGUUUCACUUGUCUUUUGAGGGAGAUGGGAAAAACACGUAGGUAUGCAGUUCCUGUAAAUCAGGUUAAGGACUUUGAGCAUUUCCCUGUCUGAUGUCAGAGUUUCUGGACUAGUCUUCCGUCAAAGAACGCAUUUGUGAAGAUUUGUAUUAUAAUGUAUAUAAAAGAGGGAGAAACAAAACCAAGGCCUUUGUGGAUAGGGCUAUUUAGAAGAAACAAAGGACUAUGGAAAUAUAGAGCUCUAUGUAGAUGGACAAUUUUUAAAAACUAACACUGUGCCUCCAAAAUGGACAUUUUUAGCUUUAAAAACUUACUCUCUCUUCCCAUCUCCUUCCUCCAGCCACUUCAGGGGGGACUUUAACAAUGUGGAACAAGAGGUGGAGUCUUCCCCCAAAUGCUGCUGUUUGAAAGGUCAUGCAUAUACCUCCAGCACAUUGUUAGACUGCCUAACACUUAGUAACUGAUGUAAUUAUAUAUUAUUUGUAGCCUCCUGACUUGGAAAUCCUUUUCUCUCUCUUUCUUUCACAUGCAGUAAUGUGCACGCCCAAUGAACAUGACAAAGUCCUACUUUGUUACAUUUUGAAUAGUUGUAAGUGCUUUUGUAUUUAUACAAACACCAUGACAGUUCAUUUAGAUCAACUGAAAGAAUGUAAAUACAGUUUUUUAAAAGGGAUGCAACAAAUGUCCAUAUAAUGCCACACAAAAUGUGUCUGUUUUAGGCCUACAAAUACAAACUUCAGAAUGUUCCUCUUGGAGAUAUUUUCAUGCUGCCAGUUAAAUGAAAGGCCUAUGAAAAAGGCAGAUUAUGUGCCAUAACCAGACACCAGAAAAGUGAUACUGCUGUGUCCUGUUUCUGAUGCUUGUUUGAACAAAGUUCGUAUUUGUUUCCAAAGGAAGAAGUUGUUGGUGGCUUAAACUUGUCUUACAGUCACAAAACUGUGUUGAAACAGCCAGUGAAAUUUAACUGAUUCUUUCCCAGUUCCCUUCAUCAAAUUAAAGUAAAGUGGAUCUAAAUGUCAUUUAGUGGUUUGUCUAUGCAGCUUCAAAUGACACAAUUCCUGCUCUAAAAAAACCUGCUGUAUUCCAGUCUGCUUCAUUUUGAGGGUAGCUGUGGGUUAAUUUGACUAUUUUGCAAGAUACAGUGGUUAACUCCAAAGCCAGUGUCUGCACAACGAGUGAAAAGCCUUAGUUUGUAUUGUCUGACUUUUUUAUGGCCCCAGCUUAUUUUGUUCUACAUACUCCAAGCUCAGUUAUGUUCUGGCUUUAUUUUUCCGUUGGCAGCAGCCUGAAAGCAAAUCUUUGUUCAGAGUCUUCAAUUAAAUUGGAAUUUUAACUGUUUAUAAUUUCUUUCUCAUCAUAACAAAAUGGAUGUCUGAUUAUAGCAAAAUUUAUGGAAGCCAUUUGAAUUGGUAAAGUUGGCCACAAUUUUACCUCCUGGCCUGCUUAAGGAAAAUGACUUUAUGUAAAUGCAUUCUGAGAUAUAUUGGCUUAAAUGCCGUAAGGAACGUUUUCCUCUCUUAAAGCAAAAUGAGUGCAUAAUGUUCCAUAACUGAACUUCAAAAAUGUAAUGGAAAUAUUUUACUGAAGUCUGAGAGACCUAUUUAAUAAAAAUAUGUUGGCUUCUGAACUGGGGCAGCCUGGAAAAUCAGUUUCUGUAAUACAGAAUUGGGAGGAUGUAUUUUAAAUUUAGUUACAUCUGGGUCUGUGAUGUUUAAUGGUUGUGAAAUUAAUAGCUGAUAUUCCUGACUGUAAUGCUCUGAUGUGAUAAAAUACAUGGAGUCAUACUGACAGUUUGAAGGUGAUGAAACUAGAUUUUUCUUGUGUAUUUUGCUUCUUUGUAAAAUGGCCAACAUUGAUUUAAAAUGUGGAUUUUCAAAGAGGGGGUGAAAGUAAACAACAUCCAUUGCAAAAAUAAUUGAAUUUGUCAUGUAAGAUUUUGAUGCUCUGUAUUGUACCAUACCAGAAGCAGAAAGGUUAUAUUUUUAUAAGUGGCCUGUUUCAUAGAGUAUGGGGUAACAUAAUCUUUAAAUGUAGCCAGCUGUGACUGUUUCUGAAAAUAUGAUGUAUAUACGACUUGUUAUAGCCCUUUACUAGUUGUAUGUGUAAUAAAAUCUAAUAAUUUCAUGGAUACUGCUAUACGUGGGGCUACACAGGGUCUAGAUUUAGAAAUAUUACUUUUAAAAAUCACUAUUUUACAAGUGCAAGUGAGGGAGGAUGUCUCCAUGUAGUCUAUAAUCUCAUGUGCCUUAUGAAAUUCUCUUCUGUUUUCUAAGUGUAGGCUAUACUGCAAAAAACGUUUCAUGUGAGAAUGAUAUAAAUGAGGUAUUUGAAAAUAAAUUCUGAUCUGUG